AUGAACCAUAGCGUAAGUGAAGCGGAAAUAACCGAGUUUCUAACAAAUCUACAACGGCUGAAAGUUUCAGGAUUUAAUGGAAACGUACCCCACUUCAAGAAUAUCACAGCUAUAUUGAAAGAACAUUACUAUGAUAUGGAUAUUUUAAUGGAAGAGGUGCACCAAAAAUGCGAGAAUCUCCUUCUCUACUGCAGUUUCAACAGACGUAAACAGAAAUGUGAGGACAUCUUCAAAAUGAUCAAGACGUAUGAAGGACAUUGCUGCAGUUUCAACUACGUAGGUGUUGAAGAGGAAACUGAACAAACUUUGCUCACACCAGACGAAAAUAUCGAAUAUUUUGACACGGGUGAUGACACCUCGCAAGCUACGAAGCUGAUAGCCACGUCGGAGUCUGGAAGGACUUCUGGGCUGUAUGUACUAUUUAAUGUUGAGCCUGACGACUAUCCAAGUUGGUCAUUGAUGCCAUUUUAUGGAGGAAGGGUCCUCCUAAGUGACCCGAAUGACUAUCCUGAGACAACUGUGUUAUAUCAGUUCUUUUCUCCUGGAGACGCUUUGGAUAUGAAGGUCGUUCCACUGGUGUAUCAAGCUGAAGAUAACCUGGAAGGAGUCGACCCCUCCAUUAGGAAUUGUUGGUACCCAAACGAAGUGGCGUUGGAACAUACAGACAGAUAUAGCUACGAGACUUGCAACACCGAAUGUAAAAUGUCUACUUAUUUACGAUACUGUGGGUGUGUGCCUUAUAAAUAUCCUAAAAAAAAAGGAAUGCGAAUAUGUGAGUUUGUCAACCUGGAGUGCUUGCAAAAUGUCACAGUUAAUAUAUCUAAGUUGGACCGCGUGUGCAAUCCAGUGUGCAAUAUCGAAUGCAAUGAUAAAAGAUAUUCUAUAAGCACGAGCAGUGCUCCCUUCCUGCCAACAAAGGAUAUUGAAUUGCCGCCUGGUACGAACAUGUCUCACGUGACGUCACUGCGCGUGUACUAUUCGAAAUCCUCAUGCAACUGCUUCAAACUGAAACUUCUGAUCGACACCAACUUUAUUAUCGCAACUUUUGGCGGAGUUUUUGGUUUGGGUUUCGGGGGAUCCAUAUUGACUAUCAUAGAGUUGACAAUUUUAUUUCUAUCCACUCUUUGCAUUGUGUGUCGAGAUUUUCUCUCUACGUAUUGUAAUAGAUUGAGGAAAAGGGUACUCGUUUCGACAGUAAAGCCUUAUAUGUAGCCCAAGAUUGUGUUACAAUGCGAACGAAAAUUCCUUUACCUUCGUAUCUAUAUUUAUUUUACCUUGGAUUCUGUUUCUGAAAGGUAUAUUAUAUAGAUGUAUAAUG